AUGGGUUCAUUAGGUGGUACAGUUAAUGGUAAAGAUCCUUGUUUAAUGAGAUGUAAAGAUACUUAUAUGAAUGCUAUGCAACUUCUAAUGUCAUCUGACAGUUCCCGGUGGACAGUUGAUUUAGUAACACCUUUACAAUCAUUAUUAUCUUCAAAGACAAAUAUUUAUAGUAGAAUUCAAAAUUCAUGUAAUAAUCACCAUACAUUUCUUAAAUGUUUAGAAACAUGUAAGCAAACUAAAGCAACACAAAGUCUCUUACUUGGUCAAGAAAGUUGGAAUACAUUAUGUUAUUCAUUUGAAAAUGAAAGAGAUUUUAGAAAAAGUAUUAUACCUUGUUGGAGUAAAUAUGGUGAUCAGAUAUCAUCACAUUGUCAUAUUCAUGCUUUGAUGGUACAAAAUAGUAUUAUUGAUUUAAUGCAACAUGGUUUCAAAAAUUUUCAUGAUGAUUUGAGUGAUCUAUGUCGAUCUACAACUAUAUAUGAUAAAUGUUAUAUAUGGCAAACAGAUAGAUUUUGUGGAGAAAAAGGAUGGAAUUUUUUAUUAAAAUUAAGUCAAAAAUCUUCUUCAAUUCUUGUUAAAAUGAUUAAUGCAACUGGAUUAUUAGAAAAACUACCUGAUGAAUGUGAACAAUGGUUAAAACCUAAUGAAUAUGCUCAAUGGCAUAUUGAAAGAUUGAGAAGUUUUAGACAAAUGAGAAAUAAAUUUUCAAAAAUAUCUUUUCCAUAUUUUCUAAUAAUAAUAAUAUUUAUUAAUAUAUAUGCCUUUUUAGUUUAA